AACACUUCAUGGUGAUAUGGCAUGAAAGUGUCUCCAAAACAAGGUCAUUCUGAGGAGGGUGACACCUGAGCGAUAAGGACUGAUGUGAGAUCGUAAUCCCGCGACUGUUCCUCGAAGAUGUGAGAGUUUUCUCCAGAUUAAAAUGUGAGCAGAGAGAGCGUCGUUCCAGAUGGAGACUGACCUGUGUUUGGAGUCCAGCCUGUGGGUCGGGAAUAAAAGACACCGGGCGGUCCUGACGGGCUGGCACUUCAAGUGGACUGAGGUAGAUAAGAAGAACAGAGAUAAGAAAACAGUUUCAGUUCCUGUGUCGGAGGUGGUUGGCGUUGAGGAGGGCAGAGUGGAAAUCCUGCCACGGAAGUCAGCCGAGGACACAGAUAAAGACUUCACAGUUUUCUAUGUGAAGCGCAGCAGCAGCGGCGGCUCCUACGGGCUGCUGUGGCGACUGGGCCGGAUCCAGUUCAGCUGUCCCAGCCGGGCGCUCCGGGACCAGUGGACCAAGCAGCUCCGGACGGCUCUCAAAACUCACAGUCCCCUUCGUCCGCACAAGCUGCUGGUGUUCAUCAACCCGUUCGGAGGGAAAGGAAAAGGAAGACAGAUCUAUCACUCCCUGGUCGCCCCUCUCUUUGAGCUGGCUGGUAUCAGCUGUCAUGUAAUAGUGACUGAGCGAGCGAACCAGGCCAGAGAUCACCUCCUGAAGAAAGACCUGGCCGGCUUUGACGGUGUGGUGUGUGUGGGCGGGGAUGGCAUGUUCAGCGAGCUGCUCCACGGUUUGAUUGGGCGCACUCAGCAAGAGGCCGGCCUCUGUGAGAACGAUCCCGCCGUCACCCUGCAGCCUUGCCCUCUUCACAUUGGCAUCAUCCCAGCAGGCUCUACAGACUGUGUAUGUUAUGCCACAGUGGGUGUGGUCGACCCCGUGACCUCAGCUUUGCACAUCAUCAUUGGAGACUCCCAGCCUCUGGACGUGUGCUCGGUUCAUCACGCCUCGGCUCUGGUGCGGUACUCGGUGUCUAUGGUGGGUUAUGGAUUCUACGGCGACGUUCUGGCCGAGAGCGAGAAGCACCGCUGGAUGGGACCUCUCAGAUAUGACUAUUCAGGCACAGUGGUGUAUCUGAGCAACAGGAGCUACGCCGGCAUUGUUGAAUAUCUACCAGCAGACCCGCUGUUCUCCAGUCCCAGAGAUAAAACCCGCUGUCUCUCAGGGUGCAGUGUGUGCUCCAGAAGCACGGAGAGACUUUUCCCUCAGUCUUCAGAGUCAGGCUCCCUGUACAGCUCCCACUUCAGUCAGCUCAGUGCCGACUCUGAAGGUGAGUGGGUGAGCGUGGAGGGGAGGUUCCGGUGUGUGUCCCUCACCUGCAUGUCCAGCUCGUGUGCCAGGAGUCCUCUGGGUCUCUCCCCCUCCGCUCACCUGGCAGACGGCACUGGAGAUCUCAUCUUGGUGUGGGACACUCACCCUCUCGCCUUCCUCAAGUUCCUCCACCGACACACAAGCACACAGGAUCAGUUUGACCUGCCGUUUGUGGAGGUCCACCGUGUGAAGGCGGUCCGGUUCUCUCUGCCCAAAAACAGAGAUGAAGAAGGACAGGAAGAAGCGCGAGGGGCGAGUGUGGGGACGGACGAAGAGGAGAGAGGUUAUGUCGACGCUAUAGGCAGGGUCGAUUCCCAGCAGCAUCUGGCCGACGGCACGGCGGGACGGGAUCAGACCGGCAAGCAGAAGACUGCGGCCCCCUUCCUGUGUGGGCUGUGCUGCAGGAAGCCUCCUUCAGAGUCUGUGUGGAACUGCGAUGGAGAGAUUCUGCCGUUCACUGAAAUCCUCUGCAGGAUCCACGGCCAGCUGGUGCGUCUCUAUGCCCGGGGCAUCGAGGACGGAGCGGCCAUCGACAGCUGCAGUCAGGAAAUCGACGAGUCCACAGCCCGAUGCAGUCGAUACUGAGGCUCCUCUUCACAUGUGGAGGACUGGAGUGUGUGAAGCAGCGUGAGAUUCAUCCGUAAAGAAGCCUUACAUGCAAUAAUGGCCAAAGAUUUCACAUAUUUUCAUACAUGUUCUCAUCCUAAUAACUGUUAUAUAUUUAUUUAUCAUUGUCUGUUUAUUGAAUGUGAGGAAAUUCAUCUUGAAUUUUUUUUUUUUUUUAAAUAUAAUGUGUCUGCAGUUUAUGUUCCAGUUUUAUCUGAAAAACUCUUUCAUCAAAUAAAAACAAUGACAAUCUUUCAACUUAUCAUCAUGUUUGCAGCUGUUUUCUGUAACACUAAAUAAAUGCUUCCAUUUCC